CCUCAUUUUUUUGGAAAUUCGAGUACGACAAAAGGACUGUUGAUUGUUUGCAAAGAAGGAAGUCCUUGACCAUGGCACCAAAGCAUAACAGCGACAACAAACAUAGGAACUACCAGGCGGACCACGUUAGUGUAAAGCUGGAGUCAGUUCUGCGUCUUCGUCCUCUGCUGAAGAAGGAAAAGGGGGAUCAGGUGGUCUUGGAGCCUUGUCGGGUCGAAGAUGGACGUCCCCAGACGGCAGUCCUUCAUCCAAUGAUUGCAGUCAAGCAAACGCAAUAUAACGAAUCUCCUGCAAUGAAAAUGCUUUCAACUGAAACUCUCCAUCUGUGCAAGGACACAGAGUACCACUUGGACCAAAUCAUUGGAGAGGAAUGUGACCAAGAGAAAGUAUACUACAGCAUCGGGCUUCCGAUUGCUCGAGAAUCAAUGGACAUGCUGAAACUGAAGAAAGGAUACAAAGGAUCCCGAAAGACCUGCAAUCUAAUUGUCUGCAUGGGAGUUGAAAACUCAGGAAAGACUCACACCUGUUUUGGAGCUGGAUCGGCCAAUGUCUCCAGACGACGGUGUCCCGAAGAUGGCAUGGUGCCUCGGAUUCUCGAUAGUCUCUUCUCUCAGUCGAAGCACCAUGUCAAGAGCAAACAGAGUCUCACUUUUGGAAUCAAGAUAAGUCUCAUCCAGGUCACUCAAGAGAGAACGGAACAGCCAAAGCAUGAUGAUGACAGUGUCGUCCAUGAUCUCCUCUCAGCAACACCACCCAAAAUAACUUCGCCCAUGAGAAGUGCAUCACCCUCACGCAUGGCGACUGUCAAGAAUCUGGUUGCCACGUUGGAACGCACACGUGCCAAAGUGAUGAUUCCAUCCAGCAGUGCACAAAGUGAAGCUCUCGUUAUCAUUGAACAAGACGAGUCCAUGGACUUUGUUUCGAAUGCAGUGGUAAAGACCGUCAAUGAUGUUUCAGAGGCCCGCCAGUUGAUUGCGUCCGGGCUCCAAAAUGGACAGAGGUUUACUUCACGCCACAAGAAGUCGCACGUUUUGGCAAUCUUGCAACCCGUGUUGUUGGGGUCUGAUGGAACAGUCGAGCGAGAAGGUGGAAAAAUCGGGAUCCUCGACAUGGCCGGCAUUGAACAGUCCUCUCAGAAGAAACGCAACACUGCUAUUCGCAGACACAAAGACAGCGUUGGAGCAAGUUGCAGUGGUCAAAACGACACUGCACUGAAUGCUGUUCUGCAUUGUGUUCGAAGUCUUCAACACAACUCCAUGAUCCUGUCUGGAAAGACACCAGCUCUCGAUAUCGUGGAUGAUGCCCACAAUGGCAUGACUAUCGAUGACAAUGCGAGCGAAAUCUCUUGUGUAUCAGAGGAAAAGACAGGAAAAGCAAAAGGACCAAGCUUCAAGAUUGUACCUUAUCGGCAGCACAAUCUGACUAUGCUCCUUCAGCCCUUCUUUUCCUCUGGACAAACAUCCAGCUCAAAGUUGACGCUACUCAUGGCUGCCUACCCAGGCCAUCGAGACCACGCAGAGAAGAAGUCGUUGCUCAGUGAUUUGGAGUUGCUGUUUGAAGUUUCCAGAGAUCCCGAGGUUGGGGCUGCCUUAACUGGAUGCGAAAAGAGGCCAUUGUCUCCCAUUCACGAAGCAAGGAGGAGAUCAUCUAGCUGGGGAGAUGAUGAGAAUGUGGAACCCGCUGAGAAGCCCAGUGAAAAGUUUGAAAAAGCUCUUCGAGAAGAAAGUCCCCUUCCUUCGGCUCCUUCCUUUCAAGACGACGAAGACGUGGUUCCCUUGCCGCCGCCCUAUGCACCCAGGGCAAAUAUCCAACAACCACCCCCCAGCGCUCCCAUGGUAGUUGACUUUCCAGGGGUAGUGUUACCGGCAUCUAGUGAAAACGACAACACGUACAACGACAGCUCUCGUGGUGUUAUGGGCAAUCCCUUGGAUGCUGACCGAUCCUUUGAAAACAAGCCACCUCCCAAUUACACGCCCAGCUACGGAAACUACAUCGUGGGCAAGCGGAUGACAGAACCAAUGAGAGAAAGCGAUGCUCACAACAUCAAAAGACCCGAAGAAGCGCCGACUCACAAAACUGAGUCAUCAUCAACCAAAGCAUGGCUAUAUGGUUUUUCGGACACGACGAAAGGUGCCAUCAGUCAGGCUACGAAGAAGGGUAUGAAAAUGAUUGAUAAGAUGGGGCUCUCACCAGAAAGACCGGAAAGAACCGAAGCAUUUCAUCCAAACCAGCCCCCUUCGGCAGAGAAGCCAACCAACACUGGAGGAACGCUCUCCUCGACAAUCCAAAAACCAGUUAGAUGUGAAGUGUUGCCCAGAACAGAUGUUUGGCAUUCUGCAUCCGUUUCAACUCGCCCAGCGACGAAGCGGUCCAACAAGUUCAAGGGAAGUCAUGGCGAAAACACAGUAUCCCAGAGAGAAUUCAAGAAGCUGGAACGCCAAAACAAGGAGCUGCUAAGCCGAAACGAACAGCUUGAUGACCGUUGUGCAGCGCUAGAACUGGAAAACAGGGAAUUGAAACGCGCCCUGGAAGCGACGGGGCGGAAGAAAGGAUGGAGCAAAGAAGACGAGGAAGAAUGGAACAAUAAACGACGACAGUUUGCCGCUCCUCCUCUAAUCCAGUCACCUCUUAACCAGCACUUGCAGGCCACUCAGAGAGUUUUCAACACGACUGGUCGAUACAACUUUGCAGUUGGACAGCCUCACUUCACACUACAAUACCCAAGCUACUUUCGACGAGCAAGCGACUUGGAUCGACGAGAUCGAGAAGAAAGCGAGAAGAUGACCUCGGAGCAGGAUCCGCAGACGGAGCAGACAAGUGAAAGCGGCGAGAAACGAAAGGAGGCAGAAUCCGAGACGAAAUUGAAGGUGUUCGCGAAGCAGCUCGAGAAAGUAAAGAGGCGCCGAAGCAGCCUCAUUCCUGGGGUUCGAGAGCGAGAGGGGGGCGACUUCUAGCACUCGAACCAGUACAGAAAGGACAACGCACAAACUCACUUCCCCGUAGAAACUUAAGAGGCAAACGCAAUGGAACAACAUAUAAGGAUAGCAAACAAGCACAACCAAGACCAAUCCAAGUUAGCUACUAGUAGAUUCGAAGCAUGCAGAGUUCGCGAGAGUGUGUGUUGUUGGUUGACAUGAAUAUAGGGUUAGUUUUCUAGGAUAAAGUCAAAUCAAUGAGACCACCGCCUGGU